UUUACCCUGCCAAUUGUUCAUAUUGAUUUUACACAGGAAAAGAAGUUCCAUCGAUGUGUCCUUGUUAUAAGCCCUUUCUUCGCCCAUGUUUUCAACGGCAAUUUCCCUGAAGGGCAGACAGGUAUAAUUGAAAUCACAAGAGGAACAUCUGUAACACUUGAGACAUCUAUCAUGUUCCUGUAUGGAAAGAAGCCCAAAUUGAAUGAUGAAAAUAUCGAAAAUAUCCUUCACAUGGCUGAGUUUCUUCUCAUUCCAAACUUAAAGUCUGCCUGUAUAAGCUGGUUGAAAACUGUUUCUAUUACUAGAGAAAACUGCAUGAAAUUCCUACAGCUGUCAAGCAUUUACGAUUUUGAAAUUCCGAGAUGCACAAAAUACAUUGAAGAGCACCUGCCAGAAAUGUUUCUUCAGCCGCAAAUGGUAAACCUGACGAAAGAUUUCAUUCACUUGCUGUUUUCGAAUAAAAGGCUAUCGUACGUACAAAUGGACGACAGGCUACUGUUUUUACUUAAAUGGUUAGAAGCAAAUCCUAAUACUAGGAAGGCUCAUAUAAAGGAAUUACUAACGACUAUAGAUUUUCAUUCAAUUUCCAAUCAGUGUUUGCAAGUCUGUUUACAUAAUCCUGAUGUUGCUUGUCAUUUACCAUCAGAACAUUUGACAACUGCUGCAUUGAAUGAUCACCGUGUUCUCAUUAUGAAAGGAGGUUACAACGAGGAUGAUGUAUUCUGGUGUUUAGAUUUGGAAAGAGAUCAGUAGUUUCGAAUUAAAUCAAAUUCAUUGAAAGCAGAAAGAUCAAAUCGCAUUGUUGAAAUGUCUGGGACAUGUACGAACACCACUGGAUCAAUAGUUUGUUCCAUUAAAAAAAGAAGCUACCAAGAGAUGAGUUUUGUGCUGCUUGAUAUACCGAAGGAUGCAUGUACAAAAAUAAAUUUAACCGGGAGCGAAGACGAGGGUUUUCGCAUUAAAGAGUCAGACAAUGUUAAAAUUAACGAGCACGUGUGUAUUGUUUCUGUAAACAAACAAAUUAAAAGACAACAAAAUCCCAAUUCAGGCUUAAGUGAUAUCCACCACAAGUUAGGAUUAAUGUCUAUGAUGGGACUAACAUCACUCGACCAGUUACUUGCAUUUCAAAUAGAGAAUAGAGGAAGAAUGACGUCUGAAAAUAUCACUACCUCAACGCUGUAUAUUGGGCAUAUUGGUGAAAGCAACGUUGACAUGUCACCACUAUUUUCUUUCAAAGACGACAAAAUACUAAAAUUUGCCAUCAGUGACAAUGCUAUUGCAAUCAUCUUUCAGUCACGAGAAUUUGUGGCACUGUAUGAUCUUAUUGAAGGACAUUUAGAAAGAAAAAGUCAAAGGACCAGCUACAGCGAUAAAAUUGCUCAGAUUAAAGAUGGAUUUGUAAUCUACGAUAAUAAUAGAUGCAUAACAUUUACACGAAUGCAGGGCGCGUGUCUUUCCAAAAAAUAUCAGGUAAAAGAAAUUCCAUUCGAACAUAUCGAUGGUCAACAUAUUAAAUAUUUCAUUUGCAGUCAGACGAUGUAUCGAUAUUAUAGGAAAGACUACAGAGAACAUUUUAAAUUCGAAUGUACGCCAUUCCAAACAUUAGUCUCUCGGAAAACUGAUGAAUCCAUACCAUGGAAACAGUUGCCAUUGCCAAAACAAGCAUUGCUAUCUUCAAGAGACAUUAAAGAAAGGUGUUUUGAAAUAUUUCUUCCAAAAUCCAUGCUCCGUUGUCACGUCGAAUGCCCACAUUGCAAGACACCAUCAAGAGAAGUUUUCAGUAGACAAACAUACUAUCGGGAUAAUUACUACUAUGACGACUCAUCGUCGGAUGACGAUUAUAACGUUCCAUCGUACUAUAAUUAAGACUACGACCA